UCUAUUUAAUUUUUAAGGGUUCAUCUACCGUAUGAACUCAAUAACCCUUUCUCUCUUAGUUACAUUCACAAUCACAAGCGAAACUCUCUGUUCUUCUUACCCUUCAAUCCUUCUUUGUUUCGCAUAUACCCAAUUCUACUUUCACUCUUUCAUUUUUCGCAAACUGACUCUAUUUUUACUGAAUCCUCGUUCAUGCACCUUAUGAAAUCAAUGUUGUGAUUUCACCAAUUUUGUGGUGUGUUAAGCAGAGCAAAUUCAGAAGACAUGGAAAAUUCCCAAGAUCAACCACUUCCUCCAGGUGUUCCUUCGUGGCCAAACUAUGCCCAUGCCGCUCCUUCACCUCAAUACCCUUUUCCUCCCAACGCCCCCAACAACCUUCAACAAGAAAUUAACCCUUCCAAUUCUAAUCUUAUUGUGAACAUUAGAGUGGAUGAUGCCACAGUAACAGUUUCCAAUAACAUCGCUUCGAACUACUAUGGAGCACAGUUCAAUGGGUCGCGCGACAUUGAUAUUGCUGCUCAGGAUGCAGUGCUGCGAGAACAAGAAAUUGCGAUGCAAAAUGUCAUAAGGAGUCAAAGAGAGGGAAGAACUGCUGUUGCACCUAACGAGGAUAAUUUGGAUGUAUUCUCAGAGCGGCGCGACCCCAACGCUUUGAAGGAGCAUUUGUUGAAAAUGGCCACAGAGCAUAGGGCGGAAAUGGCUGUCAAACGUGGGAAAGCUGCACGUGUGGAAGAAGGUAACACAGAAAUAGGCAAUGGAUAUGGUGUGCCUGGUGGAGGUGCCUACUAUGAUGGUCCAAAACUUAAUACUACUGCAGUAGGUAACAAUGCCAUCAGUCAGUCUGAUCCUAUACUUGAUAGAUGUCCAGAACAAAAACCUGCAGCUAAAGAAUUGCCCGAGUACCUCAAGCAGAGGUUGAGAGCUAGGGGUAUUCUUGGAGACAAUUCAUGUACGGCAGAUAUUAAAGCCACUGCAGCUGAACAUACGGAAAAUCAAAAGUUGCCACCAGGAUGGGUUGAGGCAAAAGAUCCUGAAAGUGGGGCAUGUUAUUAUUAUAAUGAAAGUACAGGGAAGAGUCAAUGGGAAAAACCUCAAGAAUCAUACUUAACUGAGCAAUCACCAUCAUCUUCACAUCUUCCAGAAAAUUGGGUGGAGUCAUUGGAUGAAACAACAGGUCAUAAAUAUUAUUACAAUACAAAAACUCAUGUAUCACAAUGGGAGAGGCCUAAUUUAGCUCGCAAAGUUUCGGUUGGUGAUGGACAUGACCAAUCAUCUAAUUUACCACGGUGCAUGGGAUGUGGUGGUUGGGGUGUUGGCCUUGUUCAAGCAUGGGGUUACUGCAAUCACUGUACAAGGGCUCUGAAUCUUCCUCAAUGUCAGUACUUGUCCUCAAGUUUGAACAAUCAGCAAAGCAGUGCUGCACAUCCCUCUCAAAUUUCAGAUAAUAAGUCUAACAAAGAGAGGACCAGUUCGAAACCUUCAUUUCACAAGGGUAGAAAAGGGGGAAAGAAACGUGCUCAUGCUGAGGAUGAUGAGUUGGAUCCCAUGGACCCUAGCUCCUAUUCUGAUGCUCCUCGUGGUGGCUGGGUCGUGGGACUGAAAGGUGUGCAGCCACGAGCAGCUGACACAACAGCAACAGGUCCUCUCUUUCAACAACGACCAUAUCCAUCACCUGGAGCUGUUUUGCGGAAGAAUGCUGAAAUUGCUUCUCAGAAGAAGAAACCAAAUUCACAUUUUACUCCCAUUUCCAAAAGGGGUGAUGGAAGUGAUGGGCUUGGUGAUGCAGAUUAGAACCAUCUUAUCAGAACAAUGAGCUCAUUUGUCUUAUUCUUUUUGCCAAGUGGAUGAAAUUUAUCAGAUACAUUUUACUCUAAUAUCCAGGAGUUAGAUAAGGAUGUCACUGCAUUGGCAAAACCAUCUGUGCUCUGUUGUGCAGUAAUACUAUGACUUACUGCAAAUACUGGAAAAUUUGCAUCACUUCAAUGUUAUAACCAAAUGACUGAACGGAAGCCAUACUUGGAGCAUUCUCACGGGUGAUUAUGAAAAUGGCACUCGGCUUGGUAGGCAUUCAUGAGCAGAAACGUCAUAACCAUAUGAUUUUUCACGAUUGGAAAGUUCCAGAACCUCAAGGUUGUGAGAAAGGAAAUUCUGAACCUUCCACCAUGGUCUGUGCUCAUUCAUUCUGUUCAUCAUAUAGCCAGUCAUGUUACGCUAGACAUAUAAUUUUCUCUUUUCAUUAUAGAUGAGAUUUUAUGAUGGUUGAUGGAGACAUAAUUUUUUUUCUUCAAUGCGUUCUUCCCCUCCUUUCUCCUUUCUCUGCAGAGCUGUAGUAAUGAUGACAGUGGAAGUGUGAUACAGUAAGAGAGUUAAUAUCAGAGUUAGAAAUGGUAAAGGUUCAGGAUGGAAAAAGUCUAGGAAUUGAACUUAA